ACGAGAUCCAUGUCUUCAUCGAGCACUCCACCUUUCGAGCCAAUGAGCUCAGACAAGUUGGAGGCGUUUGGCGUUCACCAUGUCACGAAGGGGCUCGGUCGCAUCAAAGGCGGGAUCAUGGCCAAAGGGGAGGGCUCGUAUGUCGUGUACGAGGAUGGUCAGAGAUUGUUGGACUUCACAUGUGGCAUUGGAGUCACUAGUCUGGGCCAUGUUAACCCUCGUGUUAGCCAAGCAGCAGCCGAGCAAUGCCUCAAACUUGUUCAUUCCCAAUGCAGUAUCUCCCUGCAUGAACCAUAUCUCCGGCUAAUCGAGCGCCUACUCCCAAUCAUGCCGGACCCAUCCUUGGACUCGUUUUUCUUCUGGAACUCCGGCUCGGAGGCGGUAGAGGCCGCUGUCAAGAUGGCUCGUGUAUUCACGGGAAAGCAGAAUAUCAUUUGCGUGCAGGGCGCCUACCAUGGCCGCACCUUCGGAGCCAUGGCACUGACAAAGAGUAAAACCGUGUACUCUCAAGGUUUCGCACCUCUCAUGCCAGGGGUAUUCACCAUGCCAUUCCCAUACUGGCACCAAUCCGGGUUCCAGCCAUUGACAUCCACCCAUACGCUAACACAACACGCGCUCUACCAGCUGGACUUACUCCUCUCGCAACAAACUGCGCCCUCAGAUACUGCUGCCAUCAUCAUCGAGCCCGUUCUAGGCGAAGGUGGCUACGUGCCCGCACCUUCUGAAUUCCUUCAGGGGUUGAGGGAACGAUGUGAUAAGCAUGGGAUCAUGUUGAUUGUGGACGAAGUGCAAAGUGGAUUCGGGAGGACUGGGAACUACUUUGCUAUUGAGGAGAGUGGGGUACGGCCAGAUAUUUUGGUCACUGCGAAGGGACUGGCGAAUGGGUUCCCGCUCAGUGGUGUUAUCUCGAGGAAGGAGGUGACGGAUAAACUCAAGCCUGGCUCCAUGGGAGGAACAUACGCGGGCAAUGCUGUGUCAUGCGCUGCAGCAGUUGCUGUUGCUGAUGUCUUCAGAGAAGAGAACAUCUUGGCUAACGUUCAGGCUCGAUCCACAGAGCUCUUCUCAGCGCUCAAUGCGCUGAAGUACGACCCAAAUCUCCGACCACACAUCCUCGACGUACGCGGGCGAGGACUCAUGGUCGGAGUCGAGUUCGCUUCUCCUCCGCGGCCCUCCACGCCCGCGAAUAUGGCGUCCCGCGUAGCUGCCAGUUGCAUUGAGAAGGGGAUGCUGAUCCUCACGACCUCGGUGUAUCAGGUCAUCAGGUUCAUCCCUCCUUUGAAUGUGAGCAAGGCGGAUUUGGCCAAGGGGUGUCAGAUCUUUGCGGAGGCUGUUCGGGAAGUUGUUAAGGAGGGUUGA